AUGUAUUGCACUAUUAACAUUAACAACUACUGGAGUAUUAACAAUGCAUGGUUUUACUUUUAUAUCUGUUGUUUCUUCAAUGUCGUUUUGAUGAAGAGACUAACAUACGCUCAUCAUUCUUUAAUACAAGGAAACAGAAGCGGAGCUUUAGACGGUUUAGUAGCUACAGUACUAUUAGCUCUAGUAUUUACCGGCUUAAACAUUAGUUCUGUGGGUUUAUGA